AUGAUUGGUGUAUUUACUAUUGUUCUUGCUAUACAACAACAAAAUAUUGGUGAGAAAAAUCGUCAAAAAGAUUUACAAAUUGCUGAUCAACAACAAAAAGAGUCUAUUUUGACUAAUUUCGUUAAAGAAAUAUCUGAACUUCUGUUAGAAAAAAAUUUUUCAUUAACACAGGAAACAAUGGCAAGAAUUGUUCGACCGAAAGCAUUGACAGCCAUACGACAACUAGAUCCAACACGUAAAAGUUACUUAAUCCAGUUUUUAUAUGAAUCAAAAUUGCUUAGUACUAAUGGACGGCAAUUGCCCGUCGACUUAACAGAUGCUGAUCUGAACAAUCUUAAUUUAGGCAAUAAAAUGUUUAAAAGACUAGUUGGAUUUAGCGAAUUAUACCUGCCUGAAACAUCUUUGAUUAAUGCAACGUUUACAUCUCGAAUAUUAAUAUCAUCUGAUUUCAAUAAUGCUGACUUAACGGGUGCAAACUUUUCGUAUUCUUUGCUAGGUUUUACGAAUUUUCGUAAAGCAAUAUUAGACGGAGUUGAUUUUCGAUAUGUUGCUGUUCCUGGAGUUGAUUUUACAAAGGCAAGUAUGCUUGGAACAAAAAUAACCGAACACCAGUUAUCUGAUGCAUUGUCGAUUAGUAAUGCCGUGUUACCUAAAGAGUUUUGCAUAAACGACGUCCAACAAAAAGAAAGGAUGAAAUUCUGUAACUACAGAAAGAACUCAAGCAAGCGUGGAUAG